GUGGCAACUACACGGCAACAAUUAAUCCGGUGUCUGCCGGCGACUUUCCCAUGCACGUUCUGGUCGAUGGUGAAGGGCAUGCAAUGGCCGCCCGCGCCUACUUCCUGGCAGUCUUUGCGCCAGAGGGCUGGCCCAGCUCGGUUGCGCCGGAAUACGGCCGCUACCAGCUUUGGGACACCAUCCAACAGGCCGUGAUGAAGUUCCAUGGUGUGGGCGACCCCACCAAGACGCCUGCAGAAGCAACAGCGCUUCAAAUGGGGCGAGAUCUCCUAGCAACGAUCAUCGGCAUGGGGGUGGCAACUCCUGCCUUCACAGACCGCUACCGCUCCGCACCGCGGACAUUCCGAAUGUCUGCAGAAGUCGUGAACGCAGUCGGCCACCUUGUAGAGAUCCUAGCUGCCAUCUUCUCUGGGGUGGUUGCAUUUCUUUACCUGGGACCGGCCCUGUGCCUCGUUGCAGGCACGAUGUCCGGGGCCGUGCGGUCAGUCAUCCUGCAGCAUUUUGCCAAAGGCGGUACACGCCUAGACCCGGAUUUUGGGGACAUCUCUCUCAAAGAAAGCAACCAGGACCGGGGUGGCAAAAUCGUUGGCCUCUUCGUCGGCAUGGGGCUCCUCCUGGGAGCAAUUGGCAUCGGAACUGGUCAGGAGGCAGAAGAGAAGUCACUCGAAGCCAGCUUGGCAUGGUUCGUGCUCUUGUCCUUUGUCCACCUGCUUGGAAAUGUCCAGGCGGUGCGGCAGCUGGACAUCGAGGCGUUCCAAAAUGACGGAGACUACGUCCUGGCAGACGUCCAGAAGCCAAAGAGCUUCCUGCGCCGAAUGUUCCUCCCAAAGGGAUACCCAAGCACUGUGGUGGACUCUUAUGGUCCGUUUCGGGCCUGGAUGCUGCUUCAGGUGCUGAUCGGCUAUCCCAAGCAGAUUGUCGUGAGCAUGCUGUUCUGGGGUCGUGUAUAUGGCGUCGGAAAUGCAGCAAGCUCACCCCUUAGGGCGGUGUUGAUUGAUGUCUUCAUGACAACGAUCGAUUGUGUUAUGGGCUUGCUUCUGGGUCUUCCAGCUGUGACACAAAGUUUGGACUACAGCAGGAAGGCUUGGUACGUGUAUUCUGGGAUCUUGGGGCGCGUCUCGGAGUUUGUACAGCUGGCCGCGGUGCUAGCACCUUCUGGGUGGUUCUUCCUGACCAUCGCCCUUGCACGGAGCCUGGCUGCUUUUUCCGGCACAAGCGGCAGCCGCGUGGGGGGUGCCAUCCCGCCAGCAAUGAUGAGGAAGGAAUGCGCGGAUCGCAAAGAAAUCGAGCUGAUCCAUGUCAAUGUAGCCAACGGAAACCAGGACAAGCUGGUGUCGCUACCCUCAGGGAUCAUCUCUGUUGCCUUCCUCUACUAUCUGGUCUUCUCUGGCUGGCAUCCGAGCCUUCAGUGGCAGCUUGUGGCUUACUGCGCGUUGCAGGUGCUGAGCUUCUGCAGCCUGUUUGGAUGCUUCCGAAAUCUGCCGCCCCUUCCAGGCGAAGGUCUGGAUCAGCCGCUGGUCGAUCGAAAAGGCUCGGACCUGGCCUGGGAGCAGCAGAAUGACAUGGACUCCGAGGUUCUGAAUGCUCACAGUGGCCCUGCCUCUAACCCACCAGCUCUGGUGCGCUCUCUCAGCAGGGAGUCGUAG